AUGCUGUUUUGGCACAGCCAGCCGGAGCACCUGUGGCCCAGCCCCGGGGAACUGUACCCCGGGCCACCAAGCAGCUUGCUCAGGGAGGCCUUGCCCUUGCCCUACCUGAAGCAGGAAGAGCCGCCCAACAUCCCCCGUGCGGAACCGCCCUGCCCCGCCUUCCAGUACGUGCUCUGCGCAGCUACCUCACCGGCUGUGAAGCAGCAGGAGGAGACCCUCACCUACCUGAACCAGGGCCAGUCCUAUGAGGUGAGGAUGCUCUGCAACCCCAAACUGGGCGAUGCCACCCAGGGGCCCCGGCUGCUGAAGAGUGUGGUGCGUGUGGUUUUCCACGACCGGCGCCUGCAGUACACGGAGCAGCAGCAGCUGGAUGGGUGGAGGUGGAGCCGGCCUGGGGACCGCAUCCUGGACAUAGAUGUGCCACUGUCCGUGGGGGUGAUAGAACCCCAAGUGCUACCCUCACAACUCAACACGGUGGAGUUUUAUUGGGACCCGGCCAAGAGGACCUCCCUCUUUCUGCAGGUUCACUGCAUCAGCACUGAGUUCACUCCUAGGAAAAAAGGUGGAGAGAAAGGUGUUCCCUUCCGCCUUCAGAUCGACACUUUCAAGCCCUGUGACAAGGAGCUUUCGCCGGAGCACCUGCAUUCAGCUGGCUGCCUCAUCAAGGUGUUUAAGCCCAAAGGAGCUGACCGGAAACUGAAAACUGACCGGGAGAAGAUUGAGAAACAGCCCGUGCAUGAGAGAGACAAGUAUCAGACAGCCUGUGAGAGCACAGUCUUCAUGGAGUGUUCACCGUGGCCAGAGCCCAGUUCGGGACCCCACCCGCCUCUGAGCCCUCUUGCUCUGACCUCCCCCAACUCCUGCAAGCUCCCCCCGGAGAGGCUCUGCUCCUCACCACCAUUCGCCUUGGACACCUUGGGGGGCAGCCCAGCCCAGGAUCUGAACCCUGGAGCCUCCAUCCUAGAGACACAGCAGUGGUUGCAUCGGCACCGGUUCUCCAACUACUGUCGGUCGCUGGCCAAUUUCACUGGCACUGAUCUGCUGAAGCUUACCCGCCAGGACCUUAUCCAGAUCUGUGGAGCUGCCGACGGGAUCCGCCUUUUCAAUACUCUAAGAGCCAGGCCCAUCCGUCACCGGCUGACCUUGUAUGUCGCUCAGGAGGCCUCUAGGCAAGAGAACGAGGUUCCUAAGAACCCUGAUUCAGGCUUUUAUCAAGAGAUCUCUCUGGAUGAACUCAGUGCUGUAGAGCUCAUGGGGAAACUGGCUGAACUGCUGGCCCUCCCAGCCAAUCAGAUCCAUCGGCUCUUCCACCAGGGCCCUGGGGGCAUCCUCAUUCUCCUCAGUGACCAGGUGGUUCAGAAUCUUGAGGAUGAGUCGUACUUUGUGGCUGUGGUGAAGAAAGUGCAGAAUCCAGAUGGCUACUACCUGGUUCUGACCUAG